GGCGGGCCCUCACUGACCGGCCCCGCUGACCGGCCCCCGCCCGUCCCGCAGAUCGGGCGCAGCCUGUGGCCGUGCUCGCGGCGCCGGGGGCAUGCGGGCGCGGCGUGCGCGCGCGUGAGGAGGAUGGGGACGCAGGGCAGCCCGGUCAAGAGCUACGACUACCUGCUCAAGUUCCUGCUGGUGGGCGACAGCGACGUGGGCAAGGGCGAGAUCCUGGAGAGCCUGCAGGAUGGCGCGGCCGAGUCCCCGUACGCCUACAGCAACGGGAUCGACUACAAGACGACUACCAUCCUGCUGGACGGCCGGCGGGUCAAGCUGGAGCUCUGGGGAUCCUCCUGGUGUACGACAUCACCAACCGCUGGUCCUUCGACGGCAUCGACCGGUGGAUCAAGGAGAUUGACGAGUGUUCAGCCUGCAGGACCUCUGCUGCCGGGCCAUCGUCUCCUGCACCCCUGUGCACCUCAUCGACAAGCUCCCGCUGCCUGUCACCAUCAAGAGCCACCUCAAGUCCUUCUCGAUGGCCAACGGCAUGAAUGCCGUCAUGAUGCACGGGCGCUCCUACUCGCUGGCCAGCGGGGCAGGGGGCAGUGGCAGCAAGGGCAACAGUCUCAAGAGGUCCAAGUCCAUCCGCCCCCCCCAGAGCCCGCCCCAGAACUGCUCGAGGAGCAACUGCAAGAUCUCCUAGCAGGCAGGCCGGGCACCCCCAUCAGAUGCACUCUGGGGGGCUCACACUUGGAGAACGCUCCUAGCUGGGCGCUAGGCCUGGUGCUGUGUGCAGGGAAGACUUUGGCCACACAGUCCCUCCUGGGAAGCGUAGGGGUGUACCCAGUGGGCUGGUGGUCUCUGCAGACGUGCUGCCCAGGACAGUGGAGGGCCGCACUCCUGGUGCUGCAGGCAUCUUGGACAAGCCUGGGACCCCACAGUACAGCUAGAAGCACCCAGGAGGUGGCUCUGCCCGGGCCAGCCUUGAAGGCCUGUCCCUGGGGCCCCAGGAGGCCCAGUCCACCUUCCUUAUUUAUAUAGAAGACGUUCACCCCUUUUGUACAUUUUUAAAGGGCUGGCAGGGAAGCCUCAAUGCAGCCAUGUGCUGAGCCCACAUCAGCUGUGGGGACAAGCUUGGGGACAUUUGGAGAGGGAGAGGAUUUGAGGCAAAGAUGGGAAGGAAUCUGCCAUCAAGGCUUGAAUCUUUGAAUUCAUGUACACUUCACAUGGGGGUGUGGGCUGUGCAGGGGCCAUUGGGGACACUUGGAACCUCUGGCCGGCAAUCUCGGACCCCCAGCUACCAGUGCCAGCCUUUCUGAGUACGGUGGUUAGUGUGCCCACCACAGGCUGGGCAGCAGUGAGGAUGUGGGCUUCGGCAGUCUGCAUGGUGUGGCUGCAACUUCCUGGCUCCCACCGGCCUUGCUGGACGACAUCUCUGCAUGUCUCGGAGCCACGGGCUGCGAGCCAGGGGCAACUCACAGGUUCCCAAGUGGAGCAAUGACAUUUCUCAGAGAGGGGGAAGUGGGUGUGCCCCACAUGUCAGUCCCUGGCUCCCUCCCUCCACACAUGGGGGCCAACAACCUUCCCUCCGUGAUCCUGUCUGUUUGGUUAUGUUUACAUCUGUUGCUACAUGAAACUGACUCAGUGUCUCCGAUUUGAAGAUGCAGAGCUGUUUGUAGACGUUAAAUGAUCACAGGGCCACCAGGCACUCUGCAGGUCCAGACUGAGUCUGCCACCCACUUGCCUCCUGGGGCAUGUGGACCCCGCUCUCGCCAGCUUCAGUUCCCUGACUUUGGGUGUGACCCCGCAGCUGUUCCUUGCCCGGCGUUGCCCCUCCGUGAGAUCAUACAUCACCAAAACCAUCCUGACCAGUUUCUCAGUGACGCCUCCUGGAGCGGCCACGGUGGUGGAUGCCCCCCUGGAGGACCCACUGGUCAGCCUCGAGCUGGGGCCUGGCCUCCUUCUGCCCACUUGCCUGGUGAUGCAGCCACUGGUCACACUGGUGCUCAACUCUACCUCCUGCCCCUGGGGCCCCUCCCUGGGCCUGUGACCCCCCUCGCUCUGGGACUGUUCUGUGGUGGGUGUCCCCUGGGGCAGCCCCAUGCCUGCUGUUCUGGGAGGCAAGGUGGGGAGGGGGCUGCGGCCAGCUCAUGGGAGCAGGGGCACCAGGGACCCUGGCUGAGGCCUGGCCACUGGCAGGAUUGGGCAGAGGAGGACCCACCCAUCCCGUCCUGCCAACAAGGCCCUUUUCUUUGGACUUUGAACCAAAUCACACAGACUUUGUUUUGAGGACGCGGAUGGUCCCCCGUUCACCAUAUCAACACUACCCUUCGCUGCUGUCUGACACUCGCACUAUUCCUGGGCUCAUUUUGGACAGAUGUGGUUUCUUUGUACAGUAAAUGUAAUUUAGCCGUGA